UGUCAUUCUAGUUAAAGAACGUAAUAUCCGCCUGAACACAUCCUGAACCAUUAACUGAAAAUGGCGCUACCUAUCCAGUAUUCAUGGUUCGUGAGAAGACAAACUCCAUCUCUUCUCCUUCCGCGUCUGCAAUUCCCCUCCAAAAUCAGGCUUACAGUCAGGGUUGAAUCAUCAGCACAAGACGAGAGCACAAAUGAAGGAAUUGAAGAGGGUUCCGAUUUAGCUCCUCCCAAGAAAUCAACCGAAGCCGGACUUGGCUUCGGUUCUUCUUCCCCUUCUUAUGGUAAACUCAGAGAAAAAAAGGGUACUAUAAGUAAUAAAAGGAAGGGUAAGAGACAUAGUGGGAGGGAUUCUUCUAUAAUUCGUCGAUCUCCAGUAGAGAAACCCUCCUUUCUCUCCCAACAAGGAGAAUCUCAGUCCGAGGAGCAGAACAGGAAUGAGAGCGCUUUUCUACUCACUUGGUUGGGUCUCGGUUCCCUUAUCCUCGUCGAGGGUAUUCUUCUUGCAGCAUCUGGCUUCCUGCCAGAGGCAUGGGAUCAAUUUUUCGUAAAAUAUCUGUAUCCAUCCUUCACUCCAACAGUUUUCUUGUUUGUGGGUGGUACAGUCACAUAUGGAGUUUUGAAGUACUUACAGAAUGAAGAAGAGAAAAGCUGAAGUCCCAUAUGGAGUUUUGAAUUACAUUUAGAAUGAGAAAAGGAAAAGCUGAAAAGACUUUAUUGCAAGUGCAAUGGCAGGGUUGUAAUGAGGCCUGCCCCAAGGGUUCUUGAUCAUUGAAUAUCUUCUUCUGAUUUCGCAUCUACCUUUAACAUUAUACAGAUGUACAAAUUGUAUUGCGAUGAAACCGAGUACAUAUGAAAAAGUUGCAGAUGACACGUAGAAAGAAUUAUUAUUAAGUUUGGGUAAAAAAUAUGAUGUACGAAUUGCACGGACAAGAUCAUUUCACUUGAAAAUAUGUUGGUGAAUUGAAUCGAGAAUCCAAUUCAGUAGUUGAAAAUAUGGUAUCACCAGUGGCUGGAGGACGUAUGCCCUUUUAUGUAUGAAAUAAUGACACUGGAGAACAGACCUUAUUUGUAUAUGAAUGGUGUUUUGGACCA